CUCUACUGAGCAACAACAUGACACCUGCGGAUCUAUUCAAGAUACCCAUCUCGACAGCUUCAUGGGGUCUCUCCUUACCGCUUGGCCAAGCCCAGCUUCCAAAUCUCCUUGACAACCCCCUUUGGCGAUCUGUGCCGCUACGCUGUUGUCGACGCGUUCUCCUUCACGCGUGUCCGAUCUCGCGAGGAAAGACCCAUUCCGAAGAUCGUUCCUCGAACGACAAAGCCAAUCAUUGCCUUUGAUCGGAUCAUCGAGCUCCACAACUUAUCAAUCUAUCAUCUACCCGAGCCCCUUGAUGCGGCCAUGCUAUCGGAAUUCCCUUGUUUGCUCGGGAUGCACUAAGACGCGUCGCGUGUUAAGAUUAGUAUGUAUCGUAUGUUCUCAUAGCGCCGUCGGGUCUGCUUUCUUUUGGUCUUAGCCGUCCUUCCCUUGACUGAAUCCGACUCUUCGUUACCCUGGGUAACAGUAGGAGUGAUCCUUGGUAUGUAUUCAUGGACCUACACCUUUCGUCAUCACAACGAGAAUAGCAUGUCAAGUUGUUUGGUUAUGGGGGGUCGUGUAAUAUAGACCUUGAGCUGCACAGGUAUCUCAUGAAGGCUCAGAAUAUCGAGCAUAGUGCGCACAGCGCAAGAUGUAGAUGGUCCCUGGCGUUCGUAAUGCAAGCUUAUAUACUCAGCUCUUGCAGCUUCAACUGUGUUCC